AAGCUGAAAUGGCUUUCAUUAUAUUUGAUGAUCUACUCGAAACAGUAGAAGACAUGACAUGCGACCUCGAAUCCCCAAACUGUAUUGUGCUCUCCGACAUGACUGAACGGCGGUCUGAUCAUUCCCGAUGGCGCAGGGAAGAACUAUUAGUGACCUUAAAAAAGCUAUCAAAGCAAACUUUCGCUGAUAUUGACGUUAAAGACAUCAAGUUAUGGAAGGUCGAAAUUCCUGACGAACGCGAUUCCGAGUUGGCCAACCCCGUAUUAAAUGUCGAACUUCUGGCAACUCGAGACGUAGGAGAGUACUGGACCAAGAAAUCACCUCCAUCUAAAAGGCAUAUCCACGUCAUAGUCGAGCCACCGGAGUUCGCGAAAGGAAAAAAGGUUAACUGCACCGUUUCCUAUGGUCGCAACAACAUGGCAAAGUUUCAGUGGCCUACAAACCGGGUUAAAACCACACUAGCCGAGCUUAAAUCUCGUCUUCGCACCUGUUUCACUUUUCCUGACGGCACUGAGGACGAGAACAUAACCAUAAGCUGUGAGAUGGACGAUUCUUUCAAGGGUGAUUUAGCAUUCGUUGUCGAUACGUCGCAACAACCAUUCAGUUCAUGGACUUUUGGAAAGAUGUCUUCUCAUUAUCAGCUGACAGCUUCGUCGAUUUACCCAAAUUCGAUGCAGGCCGUGCCGAUACGUCAGAGCGAAUUCAUUUCAUCGGUCAUCUAUGGUGUUGCGUCGGUAUUCAACGGUGAAGUCAAGGUUUGUCCGCAAUACAAAAUAUCAGGAAGCCAUGGGAAGGGCCCAGUCGAUUGGGCAAUCAAAGUGCGCGACGCGAUCAUUGCAAUUACGGAGCCGAAGCGGGAAGAUAUCAAUCAAGGUGUGGGCCAGUGUACGAUCCAACUCCAAGCAUCCUUGCAACGCAAUAAAAAGCGUUCCUACGACACGGCCCUGCGAGAAAUUGAGAUGUUUGGAAUAAUCACCACUGCAAGUGAUUGGGUAAUUAUCAAAGUGGGUUCGAGUGGGGUCAACGAUGAUAGUCGAGUCGAGGUGUUGUUAAGUUCGCGCUCCCCUCUUUCAUGA